AUGCUGCACGCGCUGCUCGCACUCUUGCUCAGUGCCGCACUCGUCCUCGCGCACCAGUCCCCGACCGCGAGCCCGACCCAACCUCCUCGUCCCUUCGUCCCCGUCGCCCAACCACCCGCCGUCGACCACCACCAGCACCACCUCGCUGCACGCCAGGCCGUCUCGUCCUCCACCGUGUCGAUCCCGCAGACCGCACCAGCUGGCGGCCUCACCUACCUCACCCCGGCUGCCACCGCCGCCGCGUCCUACUACAAGAUCGCCCAGGACAACCCCAUCACGUUCGGCUGGAACUACACGUCGCUCUACGUGACGCCCACCUCGCUCACGUUCGAGGCACGCUGCUCGGCCAACGGCUUCACGUACCCGAUCUCGGUCGUACCCGGCGCGCAAACCUCGCUCGUGUGGGACCCGUACGCCUACGCCCAGUCGUCGCCCAACGCCAUCCCGUUCGCCCAGGCGUCCUACACCCUGCGCGUGUACGACGAGCGCGGCGCAGACGCCACCGCCGAGGCUGGCAGGUUCAACGGCAACAACGCCAUCAUCAACUUUGCCCUGUACUCGCCCGCGGCCUACACCCCGCUCGCCGAGGGCUGGACCUGCGCUGGGUGCAGCGCGGCCGCGAGGGUCGUCGGCCGCGUCGGCGCAGAGGUGUGGGUCGCCGUCGCCCUGAGCUCGGCGGCCAUGCUCAUAGGCGGGGCGGGCGUCCUCGGCCGGUGA